CUUUCGCUGGGCGAGCCGCGGAGCGAGCGUCGGCGACGGCCUCCGGCCGGGGAGAGUGCCGCGCACCCGCCUUCCUACGACCGCGCAGCCGAGGGGCGAGGAAGGGAGUGCAGCGACUAAAUCUCAUCGCCUGGCCCCUUCGUUUGACUAGGAUUUGGUUUGGCUCAAUGGCAACCCCGAAGAAGAAACUGCAAGGCCUUGUUGCUGCAACCCUCACGCCAAUGACUGAGAAUGGAGAAAUCAACUUUUCAAUAAUUGGUCAGUAUGUGGAUUAUCUUGUGAAAGAACAGGGAGUGAAGAACGUUUUUGUGAAUGGCACUACAGGAGAAGGCCUGUCCCUGAGCAUCUCUGAACGUCGCCAGGUCGCAGAGGAAUGGGUGACACAAGGGAGGAACAAGUUGGACCAGGUGGUGAUUCAUGUAGGGGCACUGAGCCUGAAGGAGUCCCAAGAACUGGCCCAACACGCAGCAGAAAUAGGAGCUGAUGGCAUUGCUAUCAUUGCACCUUUCUUUUUCAAGCCAUGGAACAAAGAUGUCCUGAUUAAUUUUCUAAAGGAAGUGGCGGUGGCUGCCCCUUCAUUGCCAUUUUAUUACUAUCACAUUCCUGCCUUGACGGGGGUAAAGAUUCGUGCUGAGGAGUUGUUGGAUGGGAUUCAGGAUAAGAUCCCUUCCUUCCAAGGUCUGAAAUUCAGUGACACCGACCUCCUAGACUUCGGGCAGUGUGUUGAUCAGAAUCACCAGCGACAGUUCUCUUUCCUCUUUGGGGUGGACGAGCAGCUGCUCAGUGGCCUGGUGAUGGGAGCAACUGGAGCGGUGGGCAGCACUUACAACUACCUGGGAAAAAAGACGAACCAGAUAUUGGAGGCCUUUGAACGGAAGGACUUCUCUUCAGCCCUGAAGUAUCAGUUUUGUAUCCAGCGAUUUAUCAACUUUGUGGUCAAACUAGGUUUUGGAGUGGCACAGACCAAAGCCAUCAUGACGCUGGUGUCUGGGAUUCCGAUGGGCCCACCCCGGCUCCCCCUGCAGAAAGCUACCAGAGAGUUUACCGACCGUGCAGCAGCCAAGCUCAAGAGCCUGGAUUUCCUCCCCUUUGCUGAAUUAAGGGAUGGAAACUUGGAAGCCUGUAGCUAGGGCCUCUCUAUAAACCAGCCUGUGUACACUGAAAACUAACCUACCUUGAAUAACACAUUCUUUCCUCAGGGACUUUUCAAAUGAACUUGAACUAAACUUUCUCUUGGCAAAUGAAAUCUCACAUUAAUCAACAAGUAUUUAAGUAUCUAACUGUAAGCCUAAAAUGUCUUAUUUUGUGAAGAGGCAAAAACUCAGAAAGGAGUCAUGGACCCUAAGCUUUCAUUUCACAGAUUUUUUACAGGGAAAUUUCUGUUUAUAUGGAUGAAAUGGAAUCAAGGGAAAAAUUAUAAUUAAUUAUUUCCAUAUGCCUUUGAGAAUGUUUGUUAUCUUGAUUUCUGGUUAUUAACCUUAUUUUAAGGUUUUCUAACUUUUAAACCACUAUAAUGUACUGUCAUUUUAAUAAAUACUCAUUUGGAAUCCAGGAAAA